GCAAGGCGGCCAAGAAGGCUGAGAAGAAGGCCCGCAAGGAGGCCGAGGAGGCGGCGCAGGAGGAGGAGGAGAAGGAGCAGGACGAUGACGACGACAACAAGAAGAAGAGCAAGAAGGAGGAGAGCUCCGACGGCGGUGACGAGGAGGUGGCCGCCGCCUCCACCAGCGGGGGCAGCUACGGCAACAGCAACAGGGGCGACGGCGUCAUCUGGGGCAUGGAAACUGGUCAGGGCGGCAGCGGCCCCGUUGCCCGCGCCACCUACCACUACUACGCUCCUGGCUACGAGACCUCCUCCCUCUACUGCGCUGACCAGUUCAACAAGUUCCUGCCCGUCAGCUCCGACCACUGGCUCCUACAGUACCCCUGGACCGCCUACUGCAAUGACGACGGUCUGGGUCCCAUGAGCCAGGACAAGUGCGGCAAGUGCCUCAAGGUCACCAACACCGCCACCGGCCAGUCGGUCAAGACGCGCGUUGUGGACAUGUGUGGCCAAGGAGGUGUCGACAUGGACCCUCUUGGCUUCAACGCCAUUGAUGGGGACGGGCAAGGCAAGGCGACCGGAGACAUGGCUGUCCGUCUGGAUUGGUGUUAGGCCUUCCACAGGUCCUGCCGGGCUUGCCCGACGAGCCCACCCACACUCUUGUAGAAGCGCCAUCCCCCAUCCCCUCCCAGUUCCGCUACAUUACUGCCCAAGAACUGCACUUCUUCUUUCCAUUUGAUGCCGGCCUGCCCCGCACCCCGGGUUGCCCGCAUGCAC